AUGGCGUCUGCCAUUGCGCGCCCAGCGCUCCUGCCGCGCAUUGCUGUGGCUAGCUAUGCGACGCUGCCGUCUGUGCGCAUCGGCAACCUCACGCCCGCGCAGCCCAAGAAAAGCCGCAAGCGCCUCGGCCGUGGCGACGGCUCGGACCGCGGCGGCACUUCGACGCGCGGACACAAAGGACAAAAGGGCCGUGCCGGCAACGGCAAGCCCAAGCCCGGAUUCGAGGGUGGCCAGACGCCGCUGACGCGGCUGAUUCCCAAGCGCGGCUUUAUCAACAGCCACGCGCAAACGUUUGUGCCGCUCAACGUCGACCGCCUGCAAUACUGGAUUGACCAGGGCCGCCUGAAUCCCCUGGAGCCGAUCACGAUCAAGGAGCUGUACGAGUCGCGCUGCAUCCACCGCAUCCGCGACGGCGUCAAGCUCCUCGGCGACGGCAACGGCCACAUGCGCACGCCGGUCAACCUGGUCGUCUCGCGCGCGUCUCAGUCCGCGAUCCAGGCCGUGGAGGCGGCAGGCGGCUCGAUCGUGUGCCGCUACUAUAAUGCUACGAGUCUGCGUGCGCUCGUCAAGCCGCACAAGUGGCUCUUGAACAACAAGCCCCUCCCGCACUUUGCGGACCCCGUAUCGAAGCGCGACUUGCUUUGGUACUCUUCCAUAAACAACCGCGGCUACCUCGCGCUGCGCGACCUUGAGGAGCGCGCCGCUGGGUCUGCUCCAGCACCGCCGUCUGAGUCAGCAGACGCGCCAUAG